GGGUCACGUGAUGCGGCGGGAGGGCCCUGGGCUCCUCCCUCCCCAAGAUGGCGUCCUUGCUGCAGUCGGAGCGGGUUCUCUAUCUAGUGCAGGGAGAAAAGAAGGUUCGGGCCCCGCUCUCGCAGCUGUACUUCUGCCGCUACUGCAGCGAGCUGCGGUCGCUGGAAUGCGUGUCUCACGAGGUGGACUCCCAUUAUUGUCCCAGUUGCUUAGAAAAUAUGCCAUCAGCUGAAGCCAAACUAAAAAAGAAUAGGUGCGCCAACUGCUUUGACUGCCCCGGCUGCAUGCACACGCUCUCCACCCGGGCAACAAGCAUCUCCACACAGCUUCCAGAUGACCCCGCCAAGACCACCAUGAAGAAAGCCUAUUACCUGGCCUGUGGGUUUUGCCGCUGGACCUCUAGAGAUGUGGGCAUGGCAGACAAAUCCGUAGCGAGUGGCGGUUGGCAGGAACCUGAAAAUCCUCACACACAGCGGAUGAACAAAUUGAUUGAAUACUAUCAGCAACUCGCUCAGAAAGAGAAGGUCGAGCGAGACCGCAAGAAACUAGCCCGGCGUAGAAACUACAUGCCUCUGGCUUUUUCGGACAAAUACGGUCUUGGAACCAGGCUUCAACGGCCGCGAGCUGGAGCAUCCAUCAGUACUCUGGCUGGACUUUCCCUUAAAGAAGGAGAGGAUCAGAAAGAGAUAAAGAUUGAGCCAGCUCAGGCUGUAGAUGAAGUGGAACCUCUACCUGAAGACUAUUAUUCAAGACCAGUAAAUUUAACAGAGGUGACCACCCUUCAGCAGCGCCUCUUACAGCCUGACUUCCAGCCAAUCUGUGCUUCACAGCUGUAUCCUCGCCACAAACAUCUUCUGAUCAAACGAUCACUUCGUUGCCGGAAAUGUGAACAUAAUUUGAGCAAGCCAGAAUUUAAUCCAACAUCUAUCAAAUUUAAAAUUCAACUGGUUGCUGUCAAUUAUAUUCCAGAAGUGAGAAUCAUGUCCAUUCCCAAUCUUCGCUACAUGAAGGAGAGCCAGGUCCUUCUGACUCUUACGAAUCCAGUGGAGAACCUCACCCAUGUGACUCUUUUGGAGUGCGAGGAGGGGGACCCUGAUGAUAUCAACAGCACUGCUAAGGUGGUGGUUCCUCCCAAAGAGCUCGUUUUGGCUGGCAAGGAUGCAGCAGCAGAGUAUGAUGAGCUGGCAGAGCCUCAAGACUUUCAGGACGAUCCUGACAUUAUAGCCUUCAGAAAGGCCAACAAAGUGGGUAUUUUCAUCAAAGUUACCCCACAACGUGAGGAGGGUGAAGUGACCGUAUGCUUCAAGAUGAAGCAUGAUUUUAAAAACCUGGCAGCUCCCAUCCGUCCCAUCGAAGAAAGUGACCAGAGCACAGAAGUCAUCUGGCUCACCCAGCAUGUGGAACUCAGCUUGGGCCCGCUUCUUCCUUAAAAGGUUCUGCCAGUGGGCAGACCCAAAAGGACAGUGUCACCAAGUUAAAAUGUGGAAGCCGUUGCUUCAUUAGGCCUUGUUUGUAACUAUGUACCCGGCACUACUGAAUUCUCUUCCUCGGAGAGUAGGAGCAUAGGCCAGGCGUGAGGAACGCAGAGUAACUGCUGUUCCUCUUACUGUCACCUCCGUCGAUGCCAGUGAGUCUGUCUCUCUCUCGCCGAGCCCUGCACGUUGAAAAAAUCAAAGCAGCAUAGUUCCAUCCCAGUAAAGGGGAUGGCUGUUCUUGGAGUGACAUCAGAUUUACCACCUGAGACACUGACCGUACUGCCUCUCAGUCUGGUCUCCCAGAGGAUCACAGUCUCCCAGAUGAAACUUAAAAUGAGAGCCCAGGGGUGGACCUGCUGUUAAGGAUCCAGCAUUGGUCUCGGUGUACCUACUGCUUCCUCUGUUCCAUUAAAUAGAAUCUGAAACAUAGCCCUUCAUUUGUCAUAAUGGCUCCCAUGAAAUCCCAUAGAUUUCCGUUUUCAGAAAAACACAAUCAUCAUAGUUGGUUUUGUGGUGAUUGAGAAAACCUAUGAAAUUCUUAAGGCACUCUCAAUUCAUCCUGUUCUACUAAGUGAAUACAGGACACUUAUUUAUCAGUUGCUCUUAAAAGUUCUUCCAGUUGAAUCUGGAACUUAAGAAUUUGAGAAGCAAGGGGGUAGCAAGUUCCACUCAUUUUAAAAUGUGGCCACAGGGGGGCAGUCUUUCUGUUUUACUCUCUUCUGUGCUCUGCCUCUAACUCAGUAAAUUGUUCUGAGUAUUUGGGACCUGGAAAAAGCCCAAAGGAAGCCAGAGUGGACAAGUUCACUUCUGGAAUACAGACAUUUUAAAGGUUAGAUUUUAAACGUAUCUGAACUGUUCUUUCUACUGAUUUGAAGGGGAAAUCAACUGUUACAACCUCUUGAAUCCAAAACUGGAUAUUCAGAAAUAACUUUUCCCCCUGCUGAUUUUAAGAUUUUUGUUAUAUGGUGUGUCAGGACCAUUUUGAUUGUAAACCAUGAAUAGUUCAGCAAGUAGCCCAGAAGCUGGCUGACCAGUAGACUGUUUUACUUGGUAUCCUGGAGCUGGGUUGCUAAUCUUAAUAUCUGUGUUUUCUAAAAUAAGACAUAAAAUAGACUACCAGCUGCAUCACGUUUUCUGUAAAAGUAUUGUCAGUGGCCAGUAUAGACUUUUGAGGAAAAGAAGAGUUUCCUGUUUACCCUGUGUUUGGUUUUAAUUUUGUCUUUAGUUUAAAAUUAAGAUAUUUUAUAAUCUAGAAUAUAGACAGGACAUAGUCCUUACCAGUUCCUUUUGAAAUAUAAAAGUAUUUAGGAACCUUUUGAAAGACACUAAGUUAUACUCUUUUUUUGGGAGGGUAGGUGGUGCAUAGGGCUCUUGUGCUCAACAGACAGGGAAAGAAAGAAAAAGCACCCCGCAGGGGAGAUGGCUACACCAUGGUCCCUUCUGGGAUUUUGGGCACACAAAUGCACUCAUUCCUGGUGUGAUUAUCCAGCCACUGGGUCUGGGACUCAAAUUGCAGUUGGUCAUGUGUGAGUCCAGCACCUUAACCACUACAGCACCUGCUGGCCCCCAAAUUGUACCCUCAAGGUUAGGCCAAUAUUCCCACAAAGUAAUAUAUAAAUGCAGUGUAAGAAAAAAAAAAUACUCAUCUGUAAUAUUGUGAUGAUAAUAAACAAGGAUUAGUCUCUUAGUUGGGGUAAGAGGAUGGGUAAUUAUGCAUUUGCAGACUACAAAAAGUUUAAUUUGUUGUGUCCCCACAGAGUGUCAAGUGUGUUUUUAUGUCAGUAUUUUCUAGAGCGAGCCCACUGUGAGACCACUGCUCUGUAUUUGCCAGUGGAGGAAAUGGGCCUCAAAAUAGAGAGUAGCUCCCUGUGUUUACACACUUGCACACACUGCACAUGGUUGUGUUGGCAUUGGUAGCAUGUAGUGGGAAUUUGUUCCCAAAAGUAAUAAUGUUGAAGUGAUGGGUCUUGUCACUCCCAUGGAACACGGAAACACUAAAACACUUUUAUCAUACAACUUUUGUUUUCUUCAGAAGCCAAAUUAACUUGCAGAAUAACAGAGCCAUUGUUUUAAUGUUCCCUCAAGAUAGGUUUUAAUGUAAGCUGGUAUUCUGUGUGUACACCUGCAGCUGGUGAGUUAGCAAUUUUAUUUGUUGUCUUCUUUAUGUUAGAUCAAGUGCAAGAUUUUUAAUGCUAGUCAGUGUUCACCACCACGGGAGAAUUAGAUGUUGUUAGCACUUAAAACUACAGUUUUGGAAACACGGCUAAGUUGUUAUGGGUUUGUGAUUUGAUUCACCUACCAAAGUCGUCUUCUGUUCAAGUGCUUAUAGACAUAGCGAGCUAAGCGUCAUGCAUAUUUGUGAAGAAACAUCCGUUUUGGUCCUUCUUGGGAAUGAUUGGCACUCCUUGAUCUUCAUGAAAGGUUGCUGUUUUGCCUUAUUGCUUAACUUAAUGUAGUGAAAUAAAGCAGACGAAGCUUG